AUGUUCAGGUGGAUAUUCACGCGUGCCGCUCGUAUCCCAUCUCAAAGCUUGAUUUCACGAAAUUUGCUCACAAAGCCAAUCAAUUUUAAGUUUUCCACCACAGUCCCAGAUCUUGAAACAUCUGAUCAAGAUGGAGAACAAGACGGCAAGUACUGAGACGGUUCCUUCUCAUGACACCUGAACUAUAAAGUUUUUUUUGGCUAAAAAUUUUAAUAUAAUUUUUUAGAAAAUAAUAGACUAAAAUGGAUUGAAAUAGUAAAUAUGCAGUCUUUUCCAAGCAAAUUGACUAAUAAAGAUUAAAAAUAAUUAUAAAAUAGGCUAAAAAAAUAGUUGAUAAAAAUAGGAUAAAAAAAAUUAGUAUAAAAAAAUGCUAAAAAAAUAAGGAAAAAAAAUAUUCAGGUGUCAUGCGAUUAUAGACUGAGAGAAAUGGGAAAAAGGGAUUGAAGUUCUGAAUGAUGCGAAAAAGAAGUCUUUAACUGAAGAAGAAUAUUUGAAACUUUCCAAAGAAAUACCUUAUCUUGACGUACAAAGGCUAGAUCCAGAGUCAGCUGACGCUGUGAAAUUUUUAGUUGGAGAUUUGGCUAAUAGAGCUGAUGAUUUCUCUUUGCAUGGGGUAAUAGAACUCUCAUCUAAUAUAGCUAUGAAUGACACCCUCAACAUUGAACCGUAUAUUGUGCCUUACUGGCGAGUAGUGACUCAAUUUUUAUUGAAAAAAUACUCUGACUCCGCCCUUUAAAUUUGAACAAAAUCAAGUUCCAAUUUAAAGGGGGUUAAAUUUUUUUCUCUAUAAAAAAGUUUUAAAAAUUAAAACAAUGUAAAUUAACCUUAUUAUUUUUUGAAUUUUAAUUAAUUUUAUGAAGAAUUAAUAAUUCAAUGUCAAAACUGUUUUAAAUAAUAUUCUAUUUGCUUUUUUUUCCCAUUAAAUAUGUUAAAAAUAAUUUUAUAAUAAUAUUUCAUAUAUAAAAUUUCCUAUUGAAAAAAAAUUGUUCCAAAAUUAGUUUGUUCCAAUUUAAUGGGGAGAGAGUAAGCUAAAACUCCCAGAAAAAAUAUUUAUUAUCUCGCAUUAUUCAAUGAUCCCCUAUUAUGACGCAAAAAUCAAAGAGCUGAUUGACAAUAUAAUAGAGUCCUUAAAAUGGAUCCCACCUCAGGAAUAUGAAAAACUUCCACCUGUAGCUCUAUUUGGGACAGCACGUGCUCUCCGUCACAAAGGAUGGGGCGACACAUUGUUUAUUAAUACUUUAUGUGUGCUGGUUGUAAGAAAUAAGUAUUUCUGGGGCAUGAAUCCACGAAUAGUGUCCCAUUUCCUAAUCUUUUUAGAAGAAGAAAAGCACGAGGAGCACAUUCAAGUAUUGAUAAAAUGUACAGAAAAAGUCCUGACCAAAUGCAUCGAUAAAGGAAAAUUCAAUUCUUUAAAAUCCUCCACCAAGCUUGCACGAGAUAUCAUUGGUGCUGAGCAUGUUUCAAAAGAAUUUAAGCUCAAGGUUGAGCAGCAUUUUCUUAAUUUGAUUAACGACCGAAAUCAGCCAAAAAAUUUAGAUAUCUUGCUUGCAUGGCUCAACAUAUUUGCGAGACAUACAUUUCAGCUCCCAGAGCUUGAACAAAAACUAAAAGAUCUAAUUUUCGAGUUUUGGAAAGACGCGACUGAAAUUGAGCUCGCACACAUGGUUUGGCUUCUUUCACCAAAACUGAAUGACAAUGUCCAUCAUAUAAAAAUGCUUAUUAUUACGAUAGAAAAUAAAGUACGUAAAAGAAAUUGGACAGCUCCAGAGUAUUUAGAAGCUAUUAUGAUCGAGCUCAAUAACUCAAGGAUUGUAUACCCAAAACUGAUGAAAAUGCUUGAAGACAUUGCGUUUGGAAUGCUAGAGGACCCAGAAACCAAUCCAGAAGACAUUCUGAAGAUAAUCUCAUGCUUUCCACCACAAAUGACAAAUAACCCCAAAUUUCAUGAAAAAGCUGCAGAGAGGUUGGCUAACAUAAAUUAUGAGGCACUUGGUCAAGCACAGGUAGCAACCCUACACCCCCCCCCCCCCCCUUUUUUAAUGGUACCCCCACCCCCCCCUUUUAGUGGCACCCCCACCCCCCUUUUCACAGAUGGCACCCCCACCCCCCCCUUAAUAUAGUAUAGAUAUAUCACAAAUGCUAAUUUAGAGCAGGCAUAAUAAAUAAAUUAUUAUUUUAGAUAUUAAAAAUUACUGAUUUAUACAAUAUCAUAUAGCGUAGCGCAAUCGAUUAAGGAGUAGUGAAAAUUUCCUAUAACUACUAAGAACCCCACAUCUGAAGAAAUUUGCUGACAAGCAUAAUGAUCUUUGGUAUUAAUUAGCAGUAUAUCCUGUAUAUAUUUAUGAACUUUGUGGAACAAUGGCUAAAGAGUCCAUUUAGAGAUCUAAAAGUAAAACUGACAAUAGCAAAUACUAUUUUUAUUAGCACAUUGCUUUUCAAAUGAAAGAGAUGCUCUAUAUAAGUUAGGCAAUAGAGAAUAAGAUAUGGAAUGCUAUAAAUAAGCUAUCAGAGUUGAUCCAAAUUAUGCUGAUGCAUACAAUAGCAUAGGAGUUAUCUUUUAUAAAGAAAAGAGUUAUGAAAAAACACUAAAACAUUGUAACGAUGCAAUUAAAAAAUUCAAACUGUGAAGUAUUAUUAUUAUUAUAAUAAAAGAAAUGCUCUUACUCCCCCACUCUUUAAAAUCGGAACGAAAUAUAGGUAAAAUUUCCACUUUUUUGGUAAAUUAACCCCCUUUAAAUUGAAACAAAAUUUAAUUUUAUAAUAAAAAAUUAUAAUAAUUUUUAUGUAAAAGGUUUUGAUAUAAGUUAAAUGUUUCUUCUUAACUAAAAUCAAAAAUUUAGUUAUAUCUUGUUCUUGUUUAAAGAAAAGAGUAUAAAGAUCAUCUUAUUUAAAUAAAUUUAUUAUCCUUAAUUGCUAAAUUUUUCAAAAAAAUUUUUAUUCUUUUUUGAUAAAAAUGAUAUUUUUUAUUUAAAUAGUUUUGAUAUAAAUUCAAUAAGAAUUCAUUAUAAAUUUUAAAUUUUACUAAUUUCUUGCUUUAUUUUAAAGAAUAGAGUAUAAAUAGCAUAUUAUUUAAACAAAAUUAGCACUUUGAUCGAUAAAUUUUCUAAAAUUUUUUGUUUUUAAAUAUUUUUUAUCAAUAAAAAUAAUAAUUUUUGUGUAAAUAAUUUUGAUACCAAUUAAUAGUGGCGUAUUAACUAAUAAUGAAAAUUUAGUUAUAUCUUGCUUUGUUUUAAAAGAUAAAGAGUAAAUAGCAUUUUAUUAAACAAAUUUAUUAAUCUAAUUCGAUAAGUUUUUGAAUUUUUAUAUAAAUUUUUUUUAUAAAAAAAAAUUUUAUAUUGAUAUUUUUUUUUAAAAAAAAAAAUUAACCCCCCUUUAAAUUGGAACAAAAUUUUUUGUUCCAAAUUUAAAUGGGGGAGUUAGAUAGUUAGGAAGAAGAGAAGAAGUUUUGGAAUGCUAUAAAAAACAAUCAAAAAAGAAUAAUGGCAACUCAAGAUGUGAUAUAGGCAUGGUAUGUAAGAAAAUAUGAAUAUAAAUUAAUACUUGAAUUCGCAAAAAUUUUAUUUUAUGAAUUGAUUACUUUUUAAACCUAUUAUUUAAGCUAAUUAUCCAUCUUCUGCAUAUCCUGCAUUAGCUCAUAUUACAUCCAUCUUGAAGUUACCUACACUGUAUUCAUCUUCGCUGCACUCUGUAGUUAUUGUAUUGUGCUUGAUUCAUUUAAUAAUUACUGACAUUAUCAAUAUCUUUGGCAUUGUAUUUAUAAAUAUAAAAAACAAAUUUAAUAUAUUUCCUAAUUAAUUUUUAAUUAAUUUGAAUUUAUUAAUUAAUCGCAAUUAUUAAAGCAAUUUAUAGACUUCAUUUAUCAAUAUAGCGCUUUAAUUGGAUUAUAUUUAAAAUAUUCUUUUUGAGGGGGGUGGGGGGGGUGGGGGUGGGGGUGGGGGUGGGGGUGGGGUGGGGGUGGGGGUGGGGGGGGGGGGUGGGGGUGGGGGUGGGGGUGGGGGUGGGGGUGGGGGUGGGGGGUGGGGUGGGGGUGGGGGUGGGGGGUGGGGGGGGGGUGGGGGUGGGGGUGGGGGUGGGGGUGGGGGUGGGGGUGGGGGUGGGGGUGGGGGGUGGGGGGGGGGUGGGGGUGUAGGGUUGCUACCUAUGCUUGACCAGACACUAGUUGAUGAAAGACAAGAAGAAAUUAGAGACGAAUACGAAGAAAUGAAACGCAAUGAAGUUACUAAUAUUGAAAUUGAGGAAGAAGACCUUGAACACCAGAUUUACGGAUAUGCAAAAAACCUCAGUCAAGAUGAAGAAACUGCCAGAAUGAAAGAACUUAAAAAAAUUAUGGAGAAGAAUAAGAAAGACAAUUUUUAUGGAUUCAACAGCAGGCAGGAGCUAAUAAAAAUAAUUGAAGAAUCUAUUACAGAAGAAAGGAUAUAUAGUUUAGCAUAUUUAUUAGAUUUAAUAACGACUGUGUAUGAAAACAAGUAUUUGCAGAAACCUGAAAUAAUUGAAAAAUUUGAAGGAGAGAUGAUAGAUAAAAUUGUGAUGCUGAAUGAGUUUAAUAUGUUUCGGCCAAUUUUUGCAUUUUUAAGGCUAAAUUGUGCAUCUAUCGCAUUUUAUAAUAGAUGCAUAGAAGUUUUGAACUUGUCCAUGCAAAAUUUCGCACCAAUGCCUACUGCCAGAGCUACUCUUGCAUUUGGAAUGAUCGGAAAAGAAGAAUUUUUCAUGCAAAUGCUACAGAAAAUCAGGAAGUUUAUAACAAGCAAUGAGAUGGUAAGAGUUCAGACCAAUUUUGGAGUGGUUUUUAGGUUCAGAGGAGUGAUGAGCGCAUUUUUUAGGUUUGACGAGAAUUUCCCUGCGUUUGCUCUAGCAGAAAUGGUAUGGGGGCUGGCUGCUUUUGAAAUUAAAGAUCGAGAGAUUUGGAAUGAAAAACUUUAUCAAAUUUUGUUAGAACUUCCAGGAGUUGAUAUAGACUUAAGGCUAAAUAAGUGAAGCAGGGCUAGAGACUAUAGUGAUAAGGAGCAAACACGCUGCCUUGAUCCUUUUGAUUAUGGACUAUUAAUGCAGGCACUAGCUUUAAAUCCUCCCCAGGGUGCAAAGCAUAAAGUAUUUUUGAACAAAUUGAAAAAUUUAGUCAAGGGGAAAUCAGAAAAUUUUAUCAAAAAAAUGGGAUUCCGCGCAGAUAUUAGACCUGGGUUCCUUGAAAGUGUAAAAGAGGUAGCUAACUCCCCCCGUGAGCGAACAAAACCAUUAGAAAAAUGCCUAUUUUUUGCCUAAAAAACCACCCUCCGUGAGCAAACAAAAAUUUUUACGGAAAAAAAUUUAUAUAGUUGAUAAUUAGUAUAAUGAAAUCUCUGCUAAUUCUGUUUUUAAAAAAAAUCGCAUUUAAAACAUAAAUUUUACAAAUUAAAUUAAUAUUUGCUUUCUAAUUUUUGCGAAUUAGGAAUUUUUAAAUUUCGAUAAAAAAAAUUAACCCCUCCGCGAACGAACAAUUUUUUUUGUCGCACACGGAGGGAGUAAGAAUUUGCAUUUUGAUAUUGAUGACAGGGAAAGACACUUUUUAGGUAUGAAGCUUGAUUUGAAGCUCGGGCAAAAGGAAAUACUUUUAUAUGACAAAGAUCAUUACUUAUAUAAAAGCAAUGGGUAUGAGAGCAGGACUGGAGAAAAAGAUAUGUUUAAAUACUGGAUUAUGAAGAAAAACAUAUUGAAAGCUGCUGAUAUACCGUUUAUAGAGAUUUAUCAAGGAGAAUGGGAAAAGAUGCUGCCUGAAGAGCAAGAAGAGUUUUUACAUAAUGAAUACAAAAAGAAAGCCAAAAAAGAAUAA